AUGGAGAGAAUCAAGGCAAACACGCUCGAGACAGACGUCAUCAUUGUUGGCGCAGGGUUUAGCGGUUGUUAUUCUUUGUUCAAGAUUCGAGAAGCGGGUUUUUCUGCCAAGAUCCUUGAGCGUGGAGAUGACUUUGGCGGCGUUUGGCACUUCAACCGGUAUCCCGGUGCCAGGGUCGACUCCGACACGCCCGCCUAUCAAUUCAGCUUGUCUAAAGUCUGGGCCGACUUCCAUUUUACCGAGCGAUUUCCUGGUCAUGAGGAAAUUCGCAAAUACUUUCAGCACGUCGAUGCAACACUGGGUCUGCGCAAGGACACGAUCUUCGACGCCCGAGUCAACGAGGUGAAAUAUGACGCAGCAAAGAAACGCUGGCAUUUCCAAACGACAAAGGGGCUAUGUGCUAUCUCCAAGUAUGCAAUCUUCGCAUGCGGCUCGGUGAACAAGCCAUACAUGCCUCCUUUCCCAAAUCAGGAUACGUUCCAUGGGCGAAUAGUCCACCCAUCCAAGUGGCCCAGCGACCUCCAACUGGAGGGCAAGAAGAUUGGCAUCGUAGGGCAGGGAGCGUCCGGUCUGCAGAUCGUACAGGAGCUUGCUCGACUAGACUGCAAGCUGACAGUCUUUGUUCGCAACCCUUGCAUCGCGGUCCCGAUGCACCAGAGACAGCUAUCGUACCGAGAGUCUGAGGAGCUGAAACACUACUACGACGCCAUAUUUGCGCAGGCCAAGUUCAGUUCGUCUUCAGCCCUCCCGUACAACCAAAACUCCGGCUUGAUGCUCUGCAAGACUGAAGCAGAACGCGACGACCUGUUCGAACGGUUGUGGACCAGGGGUGGCCUCGGUCUAACGCAAUCAAAUUAUCGCGAUAUUUCAUCCGACAAGACAGCUAAUGCAUACUUGUACAACUUUUGGGUUCACAGAACGCGAAGCCGCAUGACCGAUACCAAGAAAAUGGACAUCGUCGCGCCCCUGGAACAGUUCGAAUGGUUCGGAUCGACACGCGUCAACCUUGAGAUGAACUACUACGAGACGCUGGACCGAGCGGAUGUCGAGCUAGUAGAUCUCAAGGAGACCCCAAUACAAGCCUUUGAUAGAGAGGGCAUUCUCACAGGCCCACCAGAUGCCGCCACGCACCACGACUUGGACAUUGUCAUCAUGGCCACCGGAUACGAUUGCGUCACGGGGAGCCUUCUAGACAUGAAUAUCCAUGACAAGAACGGUGUCCGAUUGAGGGACGUUUGGCAGAGCGGUAUCAGCACCUACCUUGGAAUGAUGAUACCCAACAUGCCCAAUGCAUUCAUGCUAUAUGGGCCGCAAGGGCCGACAACGCAGACCAAUGCACCGCCCUUCAUUGAACUCCAGGUUGACUGGGUGGUGAGCCUCCUAGAGCGGAUGCACGAGGACAGUCUUCAAUCGAUUGAACCAUCGGAGGAGGCUUGUCGAUUGUGGAAAGGACUCGUAAUGGAAGCGUUCGAGUCGACUCUUUUUCGCAACAGCACUGCGUGGUGGACUGGCGCGAACAUCCCGGACAAGACGAUUGAGCCGCUCAUUUUUCUGGGCGGUGUUCAGCAAUGGAGAGAGUCGUGUAGCCGUUCUCUAGAAGAUUGGACGGACUUCGUCGUAUCCAAAGCGGAGGAAUAG